GUAAUGGCGUCAAGCGAAUCGAAAAGGUGAAAGAAGACCGUUGGCGCUCGAACCUCGUGGAAAAUCGCACGCGAUCGCUGCUGCACUGCAUCCCGUUUGGAACGAAACCUCCGAGGAGCCCAGUGCCGGGACCGCAAGAUGGACGGCUGCAUCCUGGAGAAGGACUUCCUGGUGGAGAAGCUGCUGGCGUACCUGGACACCGAGGAGCUGUUCACCUGCUGCGAAGUGAACAAGCUCUGGCAAGGGGUGGCGCUGUCGCUGCUGCGCAAGAAGCUCAUCUCCGUGUCUGUCUGCUGCGCCCCCGACUCGGAGCGGGUGCCGGCGGCCUCGAGCCUAGACAACCUGCACGUGUGCGUGGACCUCUUCUGCGCCAAGUUCUGCCGGUAUCGCAACCUGGCGCGCAUGGCGGGCAUGCGCCCCACUCUGGUGUUCCUCUCGCACCACGCCGACCUCAACGAGGACAAGAGGGUGGUCGAGUCCCUCCGCGACCUCCUGCCGGCCGACUCCGUGAUCAUCUACUUCAAGCUGGAGCUGAUUCGUCCGCUGGACUGCACCGAGGACGUGACCCACGAGGGCAUCUUCGGCGAGUUCCUCUUCCGUGCCGACGCGGCCCCGGAGGCCCUGCGGUCGGGCGAAGCGGCCCGGCAGUUCCCGGCGUCCACGGACGGCGGCGCUGUUUUCCACAACGUGCUGCCAGGCGUGCUCAUGUUCCAGGCGCUGCACGUGACCGAGGCCGGCCUGGAGGGACACGCCGUCACCUCUUACUUUACCGAGGCCUCCACCAAGCGCACCAUUCAGGUAACGUCGGCGGCGCUGUUCUGCACGAUGCACAGCGCGCGUCUGAUGCCUUUCAUGCGGUCCCUGCGCGAUAGCUUCGGCACGACGGCCAACACGAUCGCCGUGGCCUUCCCGCGCAACCAGGACGAGGCACUGCCCGAGCUGGAGGCCUUCGAGCGCUGCUUCCCGGACGUGCCGGCGCUCGCCAACCAGGCCACCGAGUUCAACGUGGACGGCCAGUACGCGCCGCUGGGGCGCCUCAAGCUCAUCCUGUUGCUCAUCAAGCUGCUCGAGUGACGGCUUUCUACAUAGUCUCCCUUCUUCGCCGAUCAUCGCCCGAAAAAUUAUUAAAAAUCCUCAUACUCGAAACCCCGAGAUACAUUAACGACUCGCCAGAAUAUACUUUAGUUUCUUGCAAUGGACCUUUGCCUAAAACACCUCGAUGUGUUUAACUUGCAAGUAGCGUCGAAUCCGCCGAAGCACGUGGCCCGUUCCUUGCGCAUCUUUUGGAAGCAUAUGUCGGCGCAGCACUGAAAUGAACGGAGCGAAUAAUGGCGCGGCACUCGCUCGAAGCACGUAUCUCUCGCGUGUACCGAAAACAAUGGCUGUCGGUACAAGGAAGAAACGCGAAGCGUAAAUUUUGUGAAGAGACUAACUUUUACAGCGAAGCUGGUGAGAAGAAUUUUGGGCGCCAUAUAUAUAACUGGAAUUUUAUAGGCCAAUUAUGAUUUCAUUUCGAGAUAACAUCGAAUUUUAGCGGCUUUGGCUCCAUUUAGGUUAUUACCUCCAGCCGUUUAGCGGUUUGGUGAGACCGUAUGAAAACACUGAGGAGCACUCAAAUAACUUUUUUUUCGGCAAAAUCAAUUAUUUAUCUGUUUUCAUCGCCCCCGUGAAAACUAUGGAGGAAGAGAUCAACCAAGUAGAAGCUUCUGAGAGCGCUGCUGCGCCUUCUCGAAAAAGAAAGCUUGAGCACAAGAGGAAAUACAGCGAUGUCUGAAGACACAGACUUACCAUGACUAAUAUUUCGUGAAGAGCCGUGCACGAAAUUGUACUUGGUGGUUUCAUUUGAAAUCG